AUUGUGAUAGGCGGCGGUGUUCAAGUGAAAACGAAAACAUGGCCGUUGUGAGAGGGACUGCUGUCGUCCUUUAUUUGAUAUUGUUUUCUGAAUAUUUAAGGAAUGGCGACGCGACUGACUCCGAUAUUGAGCGAGACGCUAAGGCUCAGUAUACACAUCGAAUAGAUAGUUUAAAUCUCCUUCUAUACACUUUUUUGCUGAUAUCAACUGUCCUUACGAUAUGGAUGUUCAAACACAGACGACUGAGAUUUUUACACGAAACCGGUUUGGCUGUGAUCUAUGGACUAAUUGUAGGUGCCUUGAUCCGUUAUGCUGGUUCCACAACUACGUUGACUCAUUUGAGUGUCAUUCCUGACAAGGGAACAAGAUACAAUGAUUCACUUCCACCAGAUACUGUUUGGCUACGAUAUCCUUACAAGACACCAACAAGCAUAGGGGGACAACAAGCAAAUAAGACAUACUCCUAUACGUUCAAGGGAGAAAUAAAAGAUGUGGAAAACAAUGAUAUAGAUUUAAAGGCAACUUUUGAUCCAGAAAUAUUCUUUAAUAUAAUAUUACCACCUAUCAUAUUUCAUGCAGGAUAUUCUCUGAAAAAGAAAUACUUCUUCAGAAAUUUGGGUGCUAUUUUGAUGUAUGCACUCAUUGGCACAACAAUUUCAUCAUUCACUGUUGGAGCUCUGAUGUAUGGAAUGGUACAGAUUAUUCCCAACCUAAAGACAUCAUUUCUUUUUCUUGAUUCAUUGUAUUUUGGUGCUUUAAUUUCUCCCACUGAUCCACUCACCAUUCUUGCAAUAUUUAAUGACCUUCACGUAGAUGUCAACCUAUAUGCCCUUGUAUUUGGAGAGAGUGUUCUCAAUGAUGCAGUUGCGAUUGUGCUCAGCGGGGCCAUUCGAAAUUAUGCCGAAAGAUACCAGUCUGGUUCUGGAAGCUUUGAGACAGAUGCUUUCUUCAGAGCUCUCGGCGACUUUAUUUUUAUUUUUACAUUAUCUCUUCUAAUUGGUGCUAUCAUGGGUUGUCUCACAGCUAUCUUGACAAAGUUCACAAGAGUCAGAGAUUUUCCUCUGUUGGAGGCAGCACUAUUUGUGCUUAUGUCGUAUAGUACGUUUCUCAUUGCGGAGGUUGCUGAUCUAACUGGUGUUGUUGCUGUACUUUUUUGUGGAAUUUGUCAGGCACAUUACACAUAUAAUAAUCUAUCUCAAGAUUCAAGAACAAGAACCAAACAGUUGUUUGAAUUGAUGAAUUUUCUAGCCGAAAAUUUCAUUUUUUCCUACAUAGGAGUUUCUAUGUUCACUUUCCCAAAGCAUCAAUUUGAUCCAGGUUUUAUUAUUGCUGGAUUUAUAUGUGCUGCUGUUGGAAGAGCAGCAAAUAUCUAUCCAUUGUCAUUCAUAUUGAACUUGGGCCGCAAACCUAAGAUUCCCUACAAUUUUCAACAUAUGUUGUUCUUUGCUGGUGUGCGUGGAGCCAUGUCCUUUGCUCUCGCCAUGCGAAACACUGCGUCAGAGGCUCGUCAGGCUAUGCUGACCACAACAUCUUUAAUUGUUAUUUUCACUGUGAUUGUUCAAGGAGGGUCAACAAUGCAACUCCUCACUUGGCUUAAUAUCCCUGUUGGUGUGGAUGAUGAAGUUGAAUUGUUACCUUAUUCCAGUGCUAGAGGGGACAUGAGCAAUGAGUCUGGUUCUAUAACAGGAAGUAAUUCUGCCUCAUUAACAGGCAAUAAUAAAGAAAAUGGGAAAGCUUUCUUGGCUCGUUGGUGGGCUGGUCUAGAUACUAAAUACAUGAAACCAUUCUUGACUCAUGCAAGACCAACUCUGCUAGAAACCUUACCUGUUUGUUGUAACCCUCUAGCUAGACUUCUUACAACAACUGAACAACUAACCCAGGAGUGUGGCCGCUCGCGGCUAGAUUCUGAUUCAGAGUUAUGUUUAGAAGAAAAUGAAAUGUCAUUCUCUGAUCAUCGCCGAAGUAGUAGUGGUCAAAGGGUGGAGCGCUUGCACAUGUCUGGAGACCUGGGGCUUGGCCUGGGUGGCCUAGGGCUUGGAUCCAGUUUGGUUGGCAACACGGUGGGCACUCGAGUGAGGAUGCCUGGCCCCGACGGCAACCACUUGUAGCACCACGACCCCGGGGCGGGCCAGGGGCAUGGCCUCGGCCAGGGGCAGGGCCCUGGCCAAGGCAACCAAAGCCUCGGCCAGGGCCUCGAGCCCGGGCCAGGCACGCCCCUGCUCGGCACGCCCGCUCCAGGGUUACCCAGCCACUGCCUGCUGGACCCCGGCGACCUAGUGGAAGUCCACUUGUAGGACCGGAGGAGGUACAAGAUUCUCCGAAGAAGUGCCGACUGCACAACAGUUGUGUAUGAAAAAACUCAUUCCUCGUUUUCCUCCUACACGACAAAAAAAAACGGUGCUUGACAGCUGUUUUGCCCUGGCCAGACCAAAAUAGUUUCUGAUUUUAUAAAAAGAAUUUUUUACAAAGUUUUGUAAAGUUUUAACUGGAAAACUUAUUUUGACCAAAUCGUAAUAUUCAUCAAAUUCAUGUGCCAAAGCAUGUGCAUAGUGUGCUUGCCAAGGUUUUCACCUUUGUCUCUUUAUAAGUUGUGCUUCUUCCAAAUUGAUUCAAGAAAGCCAAUAAUAAUUUUGUGAAUAUGUAAUAUAUUUAAAGAAAUAAUUCAACCCCAUUAAUUGGUUGUGAUGUUUGUAGGAUAUUUUAAGAAGGAUAAAGGCGCACAACAGUGUAAAA